AUGUUCUUCCUCUACAACAUGGAGCGCAGGGUCACCCUGCACCCCUCCUACUUCGGCCGGAACAUGCACGAGCUGGUGACGAGCAAGUUGCUGAAGGACGUGGAAGGCACCUGCGCAGGAAGUUACUACAUCAUUUCCAUCAUGGAUACCUUCGAUAUUUCCGAGGGUCGCAUUCUCCCAGGCAGUGGCCUGGCCGAGUUCACGGUGGGAUACCGAGCCGUGGUUUGGCGACCCUUCAAGGGCGAGACGGUUGAUGCUGUGGUCUACUCAGUCAAUCACCAGGGCUUUUUCGCCCAGGCGGGGCCUCUGCGGUUAUUCGUGUCGGCACAUCUGAUCCCUUCCGAGAUCAAGUGGGAACCCAACGCGACACCGCCUCAGUUCACCAACAAUGAAGAUACCAUCAUUGAACCAGGAACCCACGUGCGUGUCAAGGUAAUUGGUACGCGCACAGAAGUCGGUGAGAUGUGGGCGAUUGGCAGCAUUAAGGAGGACUAUCUCGGGUAUGUCAAUAACUGCGAAGCCUUGAUUGGGUCUAACUCACAUAUCCUCGCAAAAGCUGCCUCCAGGACUAAACGUCACCCACGAUGGGGAAGAGAACUGUUGCUACUUGCAAUUCAUAUAAACACCAUCAUUAUAAUUCGUCAAUUUACCACUUCACAUUCGUGUAUACAAACUACAAUGUCGGCGAUGCAAGCGGCCAACAAGCUCCGGACGGCCUUCACCAAGGGCGCCGGCCCCAGUUUCGGGUUGUGGCAGAUGAUUCCCGGCGCCAACGUCUCCCGGGUGCUUGCCCGGAGUCCCGGCGUGGAUUGGGUCUUGGUCGAUUGCGAGCAUGGGAACAUUGACGAUGGCGCCAUGCACGAUGCCGUCCCUGCCAUUGCGGCGGCUGGUGUAUCUCCCAUUGUGAGGUUGCCGGACAUGCAGAGCUGGAUGGUGAAGCGUGCUUUGGAUUGCGGUGCUCACGGGAUCCUCGUUCCGCUGCUCCGAACCGCCCAGGAGGCAAAGGACCUGGUGCAGUCGGCCAAGUUCCCGCCGUGGGGACGACGUGGGUUCGGGUCGCCUCUCGCCAUGGAGCGCUUCAGCCCGGCGCCCAGCAUGACGGAGUACCUGCAGCAGGCCAACGACAGCCUGCUGACGAUUGUGCAGAUUGAGACCAGGGAGGCUCUCGAGUCCAUUGACGAGAUCGCGGCGGUGGAGGGUAUUGACGCGCUCUUCAUUGGCCCCUUUGAUCUUGGAAACAACAUUGGCCACCCAGUGAUUAACGGCGUCAUCGAAAAGGAGCUGAGCGAUGCUAUUGAGCGCAUCCUCGAGGCGACGCACAAGGCGGGUAAGAAGGCCGGCAUCUUCUGCACGAGCGGCGAACAGUCCAAGUUCUUCGCGGAUAAGGGGUUCGACAUGAUUAGCGUGGCGACGGAUUACACGGCAUUGCAGUACACAGUCUCGGAGUCAUUGAGCAUAGCCAGGGGAGGGGCGAAGCCGGCCAAGGGUGGAUCGUACUGA